AUGGCUGAUGCUCUUGUUUCCGUAGUCUUGGAGCAGCUGAGCUCAAUCAUUAUUCAGGAAGUGAGGCUCGUCGUUGGUGUCAAGAACGAGGUUAAAAAGCUUACCAGCAAUUUCCAGGCCAUCCAAGCUGUGCUUGCCAAUGCAGAGGAAAGACAGUUGAAGGAUCAGUUGGUCAAACAUUGGUUAGAUCAGCUCAAAGACGUAUCUUACGACUUGGAUGAUGUUCUGGAUGAGUGGGGCACUGCAAUUGCAAAAUCGCAAAGCAAGGUAAAUGAGCAUCCCCGCAAGAAUACAAGGAAGGUAUGCUCUUUCAUGAUCUUCAGUUGCUUUCGUUUUAGAGAAGUUCGUUUGCGUCAUGAUAUUGCUCUUAAGAUUAAAGAACUGAAUGAAAGAAUAGAUGGCAUUGUGGUUGAGAAAAAUAAGUUCGACUUCAAGUCAUCUAAAGUGGAAAUUAAACAGCUUGAACAUCGAAAAACCACUUCUGUUAUAGACGUAGAAGAAGUUAAAGGUAGAGAAAUGGAUAAAGUCAGGGUUAUGAAAAUGUUGUUGAGUGAGAGGAGUCAAGGACCAGCCCUCCGUACAAUCUCUCUAGUAGGGAUGGGAGGGAUAGGAAAGACAACCCUUGCUAAGCUAGUUUAUAAUGAUCAUGAUGUGACGACCCACUUUGAUAAGACAAUAUGGGUUUGUGUAUCAGAUCCUUUUAAUGAGAUAACGAUUGCCAAGGCAAUCCUUGAAGAUCUCAUGGGGUCUGCACCAAAUUUAAACGAAUUGCAGACUUUAUUGAAACAUGUCCAAGAAUCAAUUAGGGGAAAGAAAUUCUUACUUGUCCUAGAUGAUGUGUGGAAUGAAGAUUCCACAAAGUGGGAGCAACUGAAAGACUCCCUCAAGUGUGGUUUGCCUGGAAGUGGGAUUUUGGUGACCACACGAAAGAAGAAUGUCGCGAGUAGCAUGGGCUCCUCACCCAUUGACAUUUUAGAACUAGGAAUUCUCUCUACGGAGGAAUGUUGGUCACUGUUCAGUCAGUUCGCAUGUUUUGAAAAGACCAGUAGAGAGUAUGAUAAUUUAGAAGAUAUUGGUAGACAAAUUGCAGCAAAGUGUAAAGGCUUGCCUCUUGCUGCAAAGACUCUAGGAAGUCUUUUGCGCUUCAAAAGAAGCAGAGCAGAGUGGGAAAGUGUCUUGAACAGCCAUGUCUGGGAGAUUGAAGAAGCUGAAAGCAAAAUUUUGGCUCCUUUAUGGUUGAGCUACGAUGACCUACCCUCUGAUAUGAGACGGUGUUUCUCAUAUUGUGCAGUCUUUCCAAAAGACUUCAGAUUUCGGAGGGAUGCUUUGAUCAAACUGUGGAUGGCACAAGGUUUCCUUCGGAAAACACAGAAUAAAGAGAUGGAAGUAAUGGGUCGUGAGUGCUUCGAAGCCUUAGCUACUCGCUCUUUCUUUCAAGAUUUUGAGAAAGACGAGGGUGAUGGCAGCAUUUAUGAAUGUAAGAUGCAUGACAUGGUGCAUGAUUUUGUGCAGAGUUUGACAAAAAAUGAAUGUUUUAGUGUAGAUAUCGAUGGUGCGGGAGAGUCGAAGAUAGACUCCUUUUCUAGAGAUGCCCGACACUCCAUGGUAGUGUUCAGAAAUUAUAAAACCGACCCCUUACCUGCGACCAUCCAUACUUUCAAGAAGCUUCGCAGCCUGAUUGUUGAUGGUCGUCCUUCAUCGAUGAAUGCAGCCUUACCUAAAUUAAUCGCUAAUUUGAGUUGUCUAAGAACAUUGAAGUUGUCAAGGUGUGGAAUAGAAGAAGUCCCAUCCAACAUAGGAAAGUUGAUACACCUGAGGCAUGUUGACUUGUCUUGGAAUGAGAUCAGGGAGUUACCUGAAGAGAUGUGUGAAUUGUAUAAUAUGCUAACUUUAAAUGUCUCGUAUUGUAGGAAACUUGAAAGGCUGCCUGAUAACAUAGGAAGACUAGUCAAAUUAAGACAUCUCAGUGUUGCUAAUUAUGGUUUGUAA